UUGUCACUUAUCACCAUCUCCCCUUUCUCUUUUACAGCGUUCUUGCCUUGGCUUUCUUGGAAGGCGUCCAUCUCCUUGAAAUACUUGCUGUGUAUUGAAGCAGUGGAGGAAUUGCAUGCACGCAGCCUGCCUCCUUCACUCCAACCUGUUUGCCCUGUCAAGUGUCAUGAUGUAGUGCAAGAAAGUAAACGGCUACGAGCCUGGAGAGAGGUUCCAGUUAUUGAAAUGAAGAAUCCAUUGUUGGUUUAAGCACACCCCUCUGCGCUAUCAUGUAAUUGGUCCAUAAACUGGAUGAACCUGACAAACAAGUCUUCUUGGUGGUAUUUCCAUUUUAUAAACUGUGCAGCAGAAUAAAAUUGCAGCCAGUCUUUGCUGGAUUUUGCUUGGUUACAGGUGGCUGAGGCUGAACCGUAUUCUCCAAGGAGAGCUGGGUUUGCUGCAAAGGUGGGAGAGAGCUGUGGCUCAGCAUUUGCUAGCACAGGGCCAUUGAGGCAGGAUGGAUAAGGGUGCCUUGCAAAUAGCUGGAUUGGUCGUGUGCGGCAUUGGCCUGAUCGGGACAUGUGCUGUGACGGGCAUGCCACAGUGGCGGGUGACUGCCUUCAUAGAGAACAACAUCAUUGUCUUCGAAACUCUCUGGGAAGGCCUGUGGAUGAACUGCGUCCGGCAUGCAAACAUAAGGAUGCAGUGCAAAAUAUACGACUCUCUGCUGGCCCUGACUCCGGACUUGCAGGCGGGGAGAGCGUUGAUGUGCAUCGCAGUCUGCCUGUCUUUCGUGUCCUUCAUCAUCGCCAUCAUCGGCAUGAAGUGCACGCAGUGCGCUGGAGACAGUGAGCGCACCAAAGGGAUUAUUCUCUUAGUCUCCGGAAUCACUUUUAUCCUUUCCGGCAUCAUCGUUCUGAUCCCGGUAUCAUGGACGGCCAACAGUAUCAUCAGAGACUUCUACAACCCUCUCGUCAAUGCGGCUCAGAAGAGGGAGUUAGGGGACGCCAUUUAUAUGGGCUGGGCCGCGGCUUUGGCUCUUAUAGCAGGGGGUGCCAUCUUGUGUUGCUUUUGCUCACCCGUGGAGAGGAAAUAUACCUAUAACAUGCCUGCAAAAACCGUGUCUAACACCCCACGUGAUGGAAUCAUCAGGAAAAGUUCAAGUUUGUACUCAAAAAGUCAAUAUGUCUGAUGUCAUGUGAUGGCGAUCUAAUACGACUCAACAAAAAGGCCAUCUUUCUG